CCUGACCCCUAGGUCUCAACUGGCUGUUCCAGAUCACUUUCUAUGAGGGCAAGCACUUCACAGGGCGGAAGCUGGAGGUCUUUGGGGACUGUGACAACUUCCAGGACCGAGGCUUUAUGAACCGAGUGAACUCCAUCCGUGUGGAUAGUGGAGCCUGGGUCUGCUUCGAUCAUCCUGACUUCCGAGGCCAACAGUUCAUCUUAGAGCACGGUGACUACCCCGAGUUCUUCCGCUGGAAUGGGCACAAUGACCACAUGGGCUCCUGUCGGCCUGUGGGCAUGCACGGAGAACAUUUCCGCAUAGACAUCUUCGAGGGCUGCAACUUCACAGGCCAGUGCCUGGAGUUCGUGGAAGACUGCCCCUUCCUGCAGAGCCGGGGCUGGGCCAAGAGCUGUGUCAACGCCAUCAAGGUGUAUGGGGAUGGAGCGUGGGUCCUCUACGAGGAGCCCAACUACCGCGGCCGCAUGUACGUGGUGGAGAGGGGCGACUUCCGCAGUUUCUCCGACUGGGAGGCCCAGAGCGCGCGUGUGCAGUCGCUCCGCAGGGUGCUCAACUUCUUCUAGUCCCAGCUGGGGACAUGCGGCCUACGGAGGCAAUAAAGAUCCUGAAAGUGGA